AUGGCAAGCGGCAGUGGUAGAACUAAGAUUAAGUACGCUAAGUUAAGGCUAUUCAAGCCGUCACCUUCUGGCAGCAGAAGUCAACCGGACUUGGAGAAGAAUGAAGGGAAACAUCCGAAGACUCCCCCAAGCGAAGCGAUCGAGCGAAUGGAACAGGAAAUAAUUCAUCUAUCCGACUCGGAUGAUGCAGGACCAUCAGCGAAAGAGCCAGAUGAACCCAUCGUAAAACGAACCCGACUCGAUGGCCUCGAAGGCCUCCAAAUGCCAGAGAAGUCAAAGUUACCCAAAUUCCCGAAGAAACCACCGGAAGGUGGUGGAGUCGUUAGCAACUUUUUCAAAAUCUCCGAGGAUGACUUCGAGUCCGAAGUCAAGAAGGGCGCUCCUCCGAAAGCAAAGACAAAGGUACAGCGAAAGGCCAAAGCCCCCCGGAAACCACGAGCUCCACGGAAGCCCAAGAAUCAAAGCGACAUCAGAAAGGUUUUCCAAAAGUACAAGGACAACGAUGAAGAGCUGCUCAAGAACCUCAUGUUGGAGCACACUCUGAUGGAUAGGCUGGAUCCCGAGCAGUUUCAAAUUGCCCUAGCCAUGUCUCGAUCGCUGGUCGAUCAGGGCGAUUCUCAAACGGAUUCGAAGGAAUCCCAAGAACAAACAGAAGAAGAACCGAAAGCUUCUUCCAGUGCGAAUUCUCUAUCAUCAGAGGAGCGACGGAUUCAGGGCAUCCGGAACACCCUGGAACAGUACGGGUUUAAGUGCAAGAACAGUUACACCGACUACGAUUUGAAUGUGAUAUUUGGCAACGUACCGAAGAAUGUGAAAAGGAUCAAACACAAACGGCCGACGAUGUUGAUCCGCCGGGACCCGGAAGAUGUGGUGGAUUUCAUGGGAAGACAAGCAAAGCGACUGCUGCAAGAAGAUUUAGACCAACAGUUUCCUGACUGUAGUGACGUUGUUCUGAACGAGCGGACGCAUGGAAGCACCGUGUUUUGGAUGAGUCAAAAUCCCGCGAACAGUGCGGAAAUCCUAUCCGAUUACUACGUUGAAGCGCUGGUCGAAAUGAGUGCGGUGAGGGCGGGGUACCUGUUGAAGAGCUGGAGCAUGAUUCCGGGUCGGGAGCGAACGCCUGAAAGGCGAUUAGCGAAAGAAGACGACGAUGAGGAUGAAUGGCGACCGUCACCGGUGGUUGAAAAGUGUGAAGAGUUGCUUGAAGAUCCGGAGGAUUCAAAGUUAGAUAUGAACAGCGUCCCGGAAGAGUAUCGCCAAAAGUACAACAAUCAAGCUCCGAUUCAUGUGAGGGCCCUUAAGAGAACGGAAAAUGCGAGGGACUCCGAAAAGGGUCGAAGAUCGGUUUCGCCGGAUUUGUUUGCUUCCGAUAGUGGUGGGGAACAGUCGGUGCAAGAGCUGGUGGAAGUGCAGGAGACGGCUCAGGAUGAAGGCGAAGACGAUGUAGUGUUCCUGACUGCCCAGGAGGAAAUGGUGGGAGAUGAAGCGGAAAAGGAAACGGAACAAUCGAAGGGCAUUGUCCGCGCAGCCAGUUCCGAGAACAUUUUCGAGGAUUCGGAUCCAAUUUUCGACUACGAGGUCUACUCCAGCGAGGAAGCGAAGAUGUCUUCUUCUUUACCGGGAGAAAACAACCCUAGCGAACGGCCGUGUUCCGAGUCCCACCAAAGUUCCAUCGUUAUGGAUCCGCUGGUGGUCGUGUUAUCGCCCAGUUCCACCGAAGAUGACACGGACAAGAGCAAUCAAAACGCCCCGACAGCGUGCAAGAGAACUUCCUCCAGCGCGAUCGGCAGCGGCAUCAAAGAGAAAGAGCAACGUUUCGACGAUCAGCUAUUUCCAACGCCGGGUAAAGAUCUUUCCUUUCACGCACUGGCGAUCAAGGGCAAACUAAAUCGAAUUCCGUUGAGCGAAGUGGAAACCAUCGAGCUGGAUAACGAUUGUGAUGAGGUGAAGAAAGCGUUUUCUGAACCGGAAGUGCCUGCGGAGGAAUCGAUUGAGAAUCAGUCGUCCGAUCGCAGCGGGACAUCUCUCAUUUCCGCUGACACUGGUGAUGAUCCCGAAGAUGUGCUGGUCAUAUCCGACGACGAAGUAAACUAUUCCAUCCGUCAGGAUUACUCUGUCGUCUUCAAUGUGUCUCCUAUGUCUGCCUCGGUGCCUGUCCCUGAAGAAGCUUUGGUUGUUGAUCCGGAACCGCUCAACCCAUCAGAUUUGGCCAAGACCGAGGAAGAUCUCGAAAACACAAAAGUGUACUUUAACGUAGAAGACUUCAAAAGACUGAGCUCCGAGGCGAACGUUUCGAACGAGCAGCUGGAAAAUUUCGGAUCUGGCCCAGCAGAUGUUCCGAACGAGUCCAACCGAGCCGAUAAUACGAUGGCAUUUCUGGAUGGUCUCGUUAAGAAGUUCAACCUUCCUCCCACGCUAAGCAAACAGUCGACCUGUGAUGAAGCGAACGAAAUCGGUUUGGAUGACUAUAUGCAAAACUACGAAGUUCCAGACUUUCCCGAUAAUCAACUGGACGGGGACGACGUGCAAAAUGAGUCGGAGGAGAAACCGACUCCGAUUCCAUCGGAGCAGUUAGAUUUGGAAAUCGAGCAGAUACUAAGUCAAGCGAAGCAAACUUGCACCCAGUUCCAGCAACGACAUCAACUGCAAGCACGUGGUAGUCCGAUCAGAAGGACGAGGUCCGAUUCCGUACUGGUAGGCCCGGGCAAGCGCAAGUCGCCUGGAAAAUUGCCAAUGGCAAAACGGAAAGACUGUUUCGACGACAAGUUCAAAGAGCUCGCCCAAGAUCCUGCGCCUCCAUCGGCUGGUAUUGAGAUUCGGUUGGACAGCGUGAGCCCGCGGCCGGACUUCGACGGAAUGGCGUCGCCAUUGUUGCACCGCGAGCUGUUCAAGUUCGGCCUGAAGCAACUGAGUCGACCGAAAGCGGUGAAAAUGUUGACGCACAUCUACAACCAGCUGCAUCCGAUGGUAGAUAUUGUCGAGGUGGAAGAACCGGAACCAUGCGGAGAUUCCAAUGUCUCUGAGGGUGUCACUCCAUUGCCAAGCCAACCCUACUUCGUUCCGGAAAUGGAAGAUGAAGAAUUCAUACUGCCUUCGAAGCCCAGAAAGAAGACAUUCUGGUGCGCCGUCCCGUUGCAUAUUGCCUUCCACAAUAUGGUCAGUGCCGAUCCGCGCCUCCGCCGGCAGAUGCUUCGCUAUCAGCCAAUCGACUUGGACGAGGUCUACGGACACCUGAAAGAGAUUGGACUUCGGUAUGAAAGCAAUGAUCUGAUUGCAUUUUUGGACAAACGAUGCAUUACGUUUCGCACGGCCCAGGGAAGUGGCAGUCGAACGAAGAAAGGAACUAUCGGCCAAACUCAGACUGCACGCAAGACGGCGGGUAAGUCAUGAAUGCCUUUUAAUACAAAUGACAGUGGAGUUGAUAGUAGGUAUUUUCAAUAAAACAAAAGUGGUUUUCUUCCAUGGAACUGAUUAAUUAAUCGUGAGAAAAUCCCCCAUGUUGUGAAGUUAUUAAUAU